GUUAGUUAUAAUAAGAGAAGCGGAUGAUGACAUCUUCACACCCAUGCUCCACUGGUUAAAAACUCCCUUACUGCCAAAUAGCCAUUUUAAAAAAUAACUAAUUAAUAAAAAAAAAAAGGAUAUCUCUAUGGCGGCACCUGAAAUCUGACAUUGCUGGACGUUGAAGAGGCAUUUCGUAUUUCAAGAGAAAACAUGGGAUGUAACUGCAGUUCAGACUACUCAGACAAUGACUGGAUUGAGAACUUGGAUGAAAUCUGCGAACACUGCAACUGUCCCAUACCUCCCCAGUCAUGCAAUCCAUACACAGAACAGCUGAUCCCUUACCCAUCACAACAUUCACCUCCUACAUCACCUUUGCCAGACAACCUUGUGGUUGCUGUAUACAGCUAUAAACCCGCCCAUGAUGGUGACCUGGGCUUUGAGAAGGGAGACAAACUCAAGAUCAUCAACAAGGACGAUUCAGAGUGGUAUAUGGCAGAGUCUCUCACCACAGGCCAGCAGGGCUUCAUCCCAUUCAACUUUGUUGCUAUGACCACAGUGGAGACUGAACCGUGGUUCUUCAAGAACAUUUCUAGAAACGAAGCCAUGAGGCUCCUCCUUGCUCCUGGGAAUACGCAAGGCUCCUUCCUGAUUCGAGAGAGCGAGACAACCCCAGGGUCAUAUGCCUUAUCAGUCAGGGACUUGGACCACAACACAGGUGACGAAGUCAAGCACUACAAGAUCCGAAACAUGGACAAUGGAGGCUUCUAUAUCUCAGCCAAGAUAUCCUUUAACUCACUGAAGGAGCUUGUCCAGCAUCACUCACGCGAAACAGAUGGAUUGUGCACAAGGCUGGUGAAGCCAUGUCAGUCAAGGGCACCACAGAAGCCCUGGUGGCAGGAUGAAUGGGAGAUUCCCCGCGAGUCCCUGAAGCUGGAGCGCAGGCUUGGAGCAGGACAGUUUGGAGAAGUCUGGAUGGGUGUCUACAACAAUGACAGGAAAGUGGCAAUUAAGAAUCUGAAGAUGGGCACAAUGUCGGUGGAAGCCUUCCUGGCAGAGGCUAACAUGAUGAAGAACUUGCAACAUCCUCGCCUUGUCCGCCUCUUUGCUGUGGUUACCCAGGAGCCAAUCUAUAUUGUCACGGAGUACAUGGAAAAUGGGAGCCUAGUGGAUUACCUAAAAACAACGGAGGGAAGCAGUUUGCCCAUAAACAUGCUGAUAGACAUGGCAUCUCAGGUGGCUGAUGGCAUGGCCUUUAUUGAGCAGAAAAAUUACAUUCAUCGAGACCUGCGAGCUGCCAAUAUUCUCGUGUCUCAAGAACUCAUCUGUAAGAUUGCCGACUUUGGACUUGCAAGACUCAUUGAGGACAACGAAUACACAGCCAGAGAGGGUGCAAAGUUCCCCAUCAAGUGGACUGCCCCAGAAGCCAUUAACUAUGGCACCUUCUCUAUAAAAUCAGAUGUGUGGUCCUUUGGGAUCCUGCUCACAGAAAUAGUGACAUAUGGGCGCAUACCUUACCCUGGUAUGUCCAACCCGGAGGUAAUCCAGAACUUGGAGCGGGGCUACAGAAUGCCAAAGCCAGAAAACUGUCCAGACGGGCUUUAUAACAUCAUGGGGGAGUGCUGGAAGGAAAACGCAGAGGAAAGGCCCACUUUCGACUACCUGAGGAGCGUCCUGGGGGAUUUCAUCACUUCCACAGAGAGGCAGUACCAGGAACAGCCCUGAUGGAGCAGAAAGACAUACAGACAUACAAUAAAUAUACUCAAACUAAAGUUGAAGCUUGUGAAGGUGGAUGCUGGAUUUUGUUUUGUUUGCUGAAGAGUACAUACCUAUGUAAUGAUAUAGUACAAACUGAAAUUUUCCAAAUAGGAGUACUUUGUUUCUGAAUCAAACUUAUUGUGAAGCGAUCUCUUAGAUUUGACACAAUUACAUCUGGACUGUGAACCUGAAAUUCUGGUGACAGCUGGAUCACUGAAGAGCCAACAACAAAGAGGGGAGUGAUCACCAUGCUGCUUGAAUAAACAUGGUGCUCGAUAUUAAGAUGUAAAUACUGUCAAACGCCUUCUGCCGUGUUUUACCUCUGCAGUUUAAUAAAUGUUUUCAAACUGUUUUACUCACAGUGAAUGCAUGUUGUUUCAAUAAACUCAGGACCCACACCACUUAAAAUGAA